CUUCUUUAUAUCUUGGAACAAAGAGUAAUGAUUGUACAAAAGCUGAACUAUCAUCCCUAUCAAAAAUGGCUGCCAGUUCUAAUUUUAAGAAUGAUGGGUUAUUCGUCAUUAGCCACUGCUAUACUUGGCAUGAUAGUUUAUUGGUACAAGAAGAACAGCCUUACAAAGUACCGAGCUCAGCAAAAGAAAUUGUCAGUUUCGACAGACAUAAAAAGAUCAAUCAGUACUUUCUCUAACUUGUCUUUUGUUGAGCAACAUGAUUAUAAAAGAAGACAGUUGAUUACUCCUCCUACUUCACCACAUUCUAUGCAUACAAAUGAGCUUUCUCCUAGAGUAACUUCUCCUCUCGGUUUUUGGAGUUCAAGACUGAUAGAUAAUGUUAUUUCUAACAUGCGAAAGAAAAAGAAGCUGACCCUCUCUUUAAAAAACACUAUCUUAUGGAAUCCUUCCAGAGACAUAAAUAGACCCAACCAUGCAUUUCAUGAGAACACAUUAAGCCUUUUAUCAAGACUAUCUCAGCUAUAUGAUAUUUACAUUCUUAUUCAGAUAAAUUCUGCUGAAGAACAAGAUCAAAUACAACAAUUGCUUCAUAAUGUCAACCUGUUUGACGGUCCAUCUUUAGAUAAGCGUAAAAUACUCUAUUGUAAUUCAGAGGAAGGCAAACUCCAUUUAAUCAAGCAUAUUCAACCACAUACCCAUAUUGAAGGCGGUGACGAAUUCGCUAAUGGACAUCAUAUCGUUCAAAAGUUGGUAGAGAUAGAACGUAUCAUUUGGGUUUUGUCUUCUUCUUUAAUGCAACGUUAUCAACAAAAUGAUCAACUAGAAUUGACUGAUCAUAUCUUGUGUUCUUCUAUAGCCGAACAGGUUAGCUUCUAAUACUAUACCCCCCUCCUUCCUCCUUAAUAAAUGAUACCAUUCAUACACUUUUCCAUUUUUUUUUUUCUCACACACACAAUGAUGAAAUGCCGACUUACAAAAGCAUAUGAUAGUAAUAAACA